AUUCAGCUAGUACAAAGCUCCCAAGGGCCUCCCCAUCUCCCCCUCCUCUCUCUUUUGCAGGGUCACCGCCCCUUCAGAAUUACCACCUCCACCCCAGCUUCACUCAAAAGCAUGUUUCAGCGACAGUGAUACUGAAGAAGAAAAAAAACAAUUGCAAUAAAGAGCAUGGGAAGCAAUUUUGUUGAUGGAACCACCAGUUGUGGUGAGGCUGAUGGAUCUGAAGCCACUAUUGAGAUUAAGAUAAAAACUUUAGAUUCACAAACAUAUACUCUCAGAGUUGAUAAACAGAUGCCAGUCCCUGCAUUGAAAGAACAAAUUGCUUCUGUAACCGGCGUGUUAUCAGAACAACAACGGCUUAUAUGUCGAGGAAAAGUUCUGAAGGACGAUCAGCUAUUGUCUGCCUACCACGUUGAAGAUGGUCACACAUUGCAUUUGGUUGUCAGGCAGCCUCUUCCACCAUCAGAGGGUUUGCCAAAUCGUCCAGAGACUGAUCCAAACUCAAGUACGAGUCGUGUUCAUGGCAAUCAGGUGGCUCCGGGUGUGGUGAUUGAAACCUUUAGUAUGCCCGUUCAAGGGGAUGGUGUGCCUCCAGAAAUCAACAGGAUUGUAUCUGCUGUUCUCAGUUCAAUUGGACUUUCAAAUUCUGUAACCGGUGGUGAAGGGAUGGAUGUCAGGGAAAUUGACCAGCAAAGAACUGGAGAACGUGUGAUUGCAGCUGGGAUGAUAGAUUUGAACCAGCAUCAAUCUGGAGACAACGGCUCAAGGCCACUAUCUGAUAGGUUUCAUGGCACUUCUGGACAUCCAUCAAUUCCUUCUCUAGGGUCGUUUCCUCCUCCUGUGAUUCCCGAUUCUUUGACAACUUUGUCUCACAACCUCAGUAAUAUGAGGCGUGAUUUCGAAAAUAUUGGCAGAGCUGGUGGAAAUAAUGCUGAAGAAGCUAAUAUUCAUGGAGAUGAGGAAAGCAGCUCUAAUUCCUCAUCUCGUCCCAGCACCACCCAAGAAAGCUUCCCUACUCCUGCAUCAUUGGCUGAAGUCAUGCUUUCUACUAGACAGAUGCUUGCAGAAGAAGUCUCAGAGUGCCUACUUCAACUUGCAAGGCAACUGGAGAAUCACAGGAAUGUUACUGAUCCUACGUUACGGAUGAAUACCCAGUCUUCUGCAUGGAGAAGUGGAAAUAUAUUUAAUAACUUAGGUGCAUAUCUUCUAGAACUUGGUCGCACUAUGAUGACGUUGCGAAUGGGUCAAACUCCGUCAGAAGCUGUUGUUAAUGCAGGACCUGCAGUUUUCAUUUCCCAAACUGGUCCUAACCCCAUCAUGGUUCAGCCUCUUCCUUUUCAACAAAAUGCGAGCUUAGGUGCGGUUCCCAUGGGUGCCAUGCAGCCUGGCUCUGCACUAAUUCAUGGUCUUGGUUCUGGAUUUCUUCCAAGGCGUAUUGACAUACAAAUACGAAGAGGUUCAUCGACUGCGGCACCAAAUGGCAAUCCAGAGGAACGCAGUGGAACUCAGCAGCCUUCAGGGCAACAAGAAGCGGGCAGAGGGGUGGGCGAAAAUACCACCAAUCAAGCAGCCACUAGGACUGUAGAGGGCCCAACUAUGGGCGGAGAAUCUGGAGUGCGAGUAGUGCCAAUUAGGACUAUGGUUGCUGCAGCUUUACCCGGACCUUUUAGCCGCUUACCUUCAAAUUCUUCUGGUAAUUCAAUUGGGUUAUACUAUCCUGUUCUUGGAAGAUUUCCUCACCCUGCUUCAGGAAAUGCAAGGGCUGAGCGUGGAAGUCAGGCUUCAUCAGAGCGUCAAUCUACUGGCCUUCACAGUGAGCAGCACUCAAUUCUUGAAUCUGUUGUGGAACAGCAAAAUGUAGAAGAUGCUGCAAGAGAUGGUGGACCUCAAAGUAACCUUGAAUCUGAACGACAAGUUCCCAGCAACGUCGUCCAGUUUCUUCGGACUCUCUUUCCUGGUGGUGAAAUCAACAUUGAAGAUGCCAGUUUCCAAGAAAUUAGUGGUUCUGUUCCUGCGGUGGCGUCAAGUUCUGUUUCAAACGUACAAGAAUCAGAACCAAGAACUACGGAUGAAGGAAUGUUUUUGUCCAACAUAUUUCAUCAAAUCAUGCCAUUCACAUCUCAACGAGGCAACGAGUCAGAUGUGCCUUCAGUAGAGCCCAAUGCCUCUGAGCGUCGAAACGUCUCCGGUUCUUCCAUGCAAGGUUCAAAUGGGGAUGCUGAGACGUCACGCAGACGCACCGAUGGCGAAGCAGAUGCUCCAAGUUCGAAACGUCAAAAGAAAGAUUGAUACAGCACAAGGUGACCAGAGAUUAUGGGAUCUUAAUCUGAAAUUGCACCUUCAAACUUCUGGGAAAAUCAUCACGAAA